CCCAUUUUGCAUAACCAACAAGUAAAGGUUGGUUGAUUGAUUUGUUCGCGACUUUGCGUGCACCUGCAAUUGCAAGUUGCGAGCAUUCUGAGAGAGCAAAAGCAAAUGAUGAUGAAGAGACUGUUACUGCUGCUAAAACCCUUAAGCGUGUCUUCACCACCUUCCCACAUCCACCCUCAGAUCAUACAGUUCUUGGAGAAUAGGCAGAAGGUGCAUCAUGAUGCAAUUAACUUUUGUCAAGCUAUUCUGCAAAAAAAGUCAGUUGAAUGGAAAGCUGUUCUGCGUAACAAUUUGUCACAUCCCAUCAAUGAUGUGGACCUUGUUGUUACAGUUGGUGGUGAUGGAACUCUUCUUCAGGCUGGCCAUUUAAUGGAUGACAAAAUUCCUGUUCUUGGUUUGAAUUCUGACCCUACACAGAUUGAUGAGGUGGAAGAGUUCAGCAGUGAGUUUGAUGCUACCAGAAGCACAGGCCAUCUUUGUGCUGCAACUUUUGAAAACUUUGAACAAGUUUUAGAUGGUACACUUGAAGGUCAAAUUGUUCCUUCCGAGCUAACAAGAACCAUGAUAUCUGUUAAUGGGCUGCACUUAUCAACUUUUGCUCUCAAUGAUGUCUUAAUUGCACAUCCAUGUCCUGCUUCACUUUCCAGGUUCUCCUUCAGAAUCAAAGAGGGUGAACAACCAUGUUCCCCUCUAAUUAACUGCAGAUCAAGUGGUCUAAGAGUUUCAACCGCUGCUGGUUCAACUGCUGCAAUGCAUUCAGCAGGUGGAUUUCCAAUGCCCAUUUUAUCUCAGGAUCUCCAGUACAUGGUAAGGGAGCCCAUUUCACCUGGGGCAGUCUCAGACUUUAUGCAUGGAUUGAUCAAGCGUGACCAGACAAUAGUUGCCACGUGGACUUGCAGAAAAGGUGUGAUAUAUAUUGAUGGUUCUCAUAUCAAUUAUACCAUCCAAGAUGGGGAUACCAUUGAGAUAUCUUCCAAAGCACCAGUUCUGAAAGUUAUCUUGCCUCAUCAGUUGUUAUAGUUAGAGAUGUCAUGUAAAUUUCACCGUACAUCGAUGUUGGCGAAGGGUUAGUGUGUUCAAUGAAAAAUAUAGGCCACGUGAGCUGAAAUGUCUAUAGGCUUGCAAUGUUCCAUUCCUUCUUAAGGGUUGAGCACUUGAGCUACAAAUGCAGUUCAGAGUAUCAUGCAUUAAUAUCCAGGCCCUAAGUUUGAAGGUGUCCUGACUUAAAAAUUGAAGAGGAUAAAGUUUCCAGUUUAAGUAUCACUCAUAAGCUCCAAGGGGGAAUUAUUUUCGUAAUGGAGAAUCUUGUGAUUCACAGAUAGCCAGGGCAUUUUGCUACUUAGUGCAUCUCUUCUUUUAUCCUUUAUAGUGGACAAGAGCUUUGUUAUACCCCUUUUAUUAAAGUUAAAAACAGGCCCAUCUUGAACAUGUAUUUUGGUUCUAAUAACUAGCUGUAAAGAAUGAUCUUGCAAUUGAUAUACAGUAACACGA